GGAUCAAUCUGUGUGGCUAAACUAGUUUGAACAUAGUUGUUCAAUAUCUAGCUAGUCUGCGGCUGGUUAUAUAGGAUGCUCUACGUGUUUCAUGACGAGAUUUCGCAUUAUCGCUGCCACGGUGCUGUAGAUUGUCAAUCCCUAUCUUCAUCGCCGAACAUAUCCAGAAGAGAAUGCCGUCAGUAUCUUGUGGUUCUUAAGAAUCCAAUAAGUAAUGUUUAAUAUUCACCAACAUCUUGUGCUUACCCCGCAUCUUUGAACUAGAUUAGUAUCUAAGUGCUUCGUUAUAAAAUCGAAUUCUUUGGGUGUAAGUAUACGUAGUAAUACUGGCUUCUCCCAAGAAUACCAAGUGCUUGAACCUCCGCCACCUCGAUCCGUCAUCAUGACCAAGAAACUCGGUCUUCAAGCUUUCCUUCGCAGAGAGGUUAUGAAAACUAAGCUUCAGGUCCCCACAGAAAAUGAAUCCCCAAGGUUCACAAAAGAAGCUUCUAUGCUAUCAGCUCAGCCGAAAAUCUAUGAGGAGCCGGAAGAAAAUACCUUUCGGAACGUAUCUGAUGACAAACAAGAAGACUGCAAAGCCCCACUGGAAAGAUUGAGACAUUCAAGCACGCCAUUUGCAGUUAGGUAUGAGAUAAAACCAAAAUCCGAACUAAGGAUUCGGAUCGAGGAACUUAGAAAGCAACUUCUCGCUAUCAUUGAUACUUCCUUCAAGAAUUCGCAUGAGAGAGCCAUCAGUGCUAAAGAGCGCGAUCGUCUGUUACGGUCCAUCGAGUGCUUAGAGGCUCAAGAAAAGAGAGAGAAAGAUAAUGCACUACGAGCUACUGGAAACCUCCCUGAGCCCAUCUCCGAAUCUGAGAGAAGACAACGGCAAAAGGAAUUAGAAUUAGUGAAGAAUGCCCUAGCGGGAAAAGAAGUAAGACUCUCGUCAUCCGCCCAUUCUCCUUGUCAUUUAUCCACAUGUACUGAUCGGUCCCUAUUUCAGAAAGUCAAAUCCCCAAUCAAACGUCCCUUUCGUCCACUUGACGACGAUCCAGAUGGCGAAACUCGGAAAGCGUUAGGACUGCCAUUGAGAAGACGCAAGCUCAAGAAAACGGGCAAGUGGGCAAAUGAGCUUCGUUAUGCAGUUCCGGAGUUGAGGUAUAAGGAUUAUGGAGUCGAGGUUUUGAAGGAGAUUUUGAUGUGCGGGGCGGAUGAGGAGCAAGAGGUGUGGUUGGGAAAGUGGUUUAGUAGAUUGGAUGCAAAGAUUACUACAAGUAGUGAAGUGAGAGGAUCUGCAAAGGAGAAAAGUACGCGAAGAAAAGAGAAGGGCCCGGCCCUUUUGUAAAGGUUGGCAUGAUUUAGAAUAUCUAUCUUGGCGGCGAUUCAGAGGUUGCUGCGUUGGAUUUUGCGGGCAUACAAUACUACUUUGGUUACAAAUUUUGAAGUGCA